GAAUCAUCAGAGGAGGCACUACCUGACCAUAUUGACGACGUGAUCAAUUACCUGCGGACCAACACAAAAGAGGAGUGGUCCCGUGCUGAGGUCAUCGACGUCUUCAAGUUCGACAGAAAGGAGCGAUUUGCCAUCAGGGGGCCGAACAUUCCUCACAACAAGUAUCUCAAGCUCCCGGUCUGGCCCUAUCAGAUUCGUGCAAACCAAGGUCACGGCAAGACAGCCGUCGACAACAACCCCGAGUUGGCUACUGCGACGGCG